CUAGGCAAACCUCAGUAUACUUGUACUUGACUUUCCACAAUACACAUACAAAAACAUACAACAAACAUAACAAGAAAAUGCAGUUUCCACUUAAAUUGUUACUGUCAAUGGCUGCCGCGUUCAUUGCAUUGAACCGCUUACCCAGCAGCUGGGCCAGAUAUUUACCUCCGCCAGCAACCGAGUCUGUGCCAGCCGCCAACGCAAAUGCAAUGUCAUCCACUCUAAUGGAUGCCAACGAUUCACCGACAUCCACCAACAGCAGCGUGGUUAUGGGUGUCGAUGUCGAUGUCGACGAUGAUAGUUUGGAUGAUGGCUAUACAGCUACUGCCACAGCUGCUGUCACUGCUAGGGGCAGCGAUACUUAUACCACCAGUGUAACAGAAGCUGCUACAUUGGAGCAUAUACGGCGCCGUCGGGAGGUUCAAUGUCCACAGGACAUUACCGAUAUAAAUAUUAUACACUUGCCCUGUGAUCUCGAUAUACCGGAUAUCAGUAAAUAUAUUGAGAACUUGCCAAAUCAAUGCAUAUGUGCCUAUAAUGCUCGCUACAGCUCGGAACAGGAUUAUCGCAAUUUCAUGAUACUCCAACUUGAGGGUUUCUUCUUUGGGCAAUACUCGGAACGCUUUAAGCGCUUCGAGGUUGAUCCCCAUGAGUUUGAUUAUAGGAUGUAAAGUACGUGUUUUAAUAAUGCUAACAGAUUCUUUUCAGAUUUCAAACAAAAGAAACACAUCUAAAAGAUAGGUGGGAUAGGGAAAGAUAUACCCGUAUAGUAAGGAAAUCGUGUAUAAAAUUUGGCUACAAAUUUGUAUCAAAAUUUUACUACUUUAUGAUACGAAGUUUCCAUUAAAGUAACUGGGUAACAGUUGAAUUUUACGGAAAAGAA